UCUGGUCUUACGCGUGAAACUGUCGAAACCCGUGUGCUCGACAUUGUCAAGGGCUUCGACAAGGUCGAGAGCUCCAAGGUCAACGCCACCUCCAACUUCAUUAACGAUCUUGGAUUGGACAGUCUCGAUGCCGUUGAGGUUGUAAUGGCAAUCGAAGAAGAAUUUGGUGUCGAGAUCCCUGAUAAGGAUGCCGACGAGAUCAAGUCUGUCGAACAAGCUAUUGACUAUAUCUCCAAG